GAACUGAUGUGUUUCACGGUCAGCUCUUGUGACACGCUCGUCAAAGAGGAGCACGCACACGAACGUACUCUCAAUACUUACUCAUCAGCAUCCAGUAUCGGUCGUCACAUAAUCCAUUUCGGUUUUGCUUUUGGAUGCCCUCGGUAUUUCAACUACAUCAUGUUUUUUUUUCGCGUCGAGGGCGAGCUGAUCGCAAGUUCUCACCCCCAAGUGUUGCAGUCCAUGGAGCCAGCCAUUUACACAAAUUGGUACAUGAGGUUUCUCUCUCGAGCUUUGAUCCACCAUUUUUCCCCCGUGGCUGCCCUUCUGUGACAACGAAGGGGAAAGUCUCAUUCUACCCGAAAUACAACUACCACUUGGCCGCUUUUCCCAUUUAGAAAUUUGCGACACGACCCAUUGCUCCUUCUAAAGCUUUGAAUGUAGAAAACUUUUGCGCUCGUCAGCACAAGUAUGGACGAAGCUGAAUUUGAGUCGGUGGCCAGCAACGAGGGCCAAGAGGGCGGCCCUCUGACCACGCCCAAUGUUGUCGCCGGCGAGCUUGUAACGAAAGAACAAAAGGAAAACCUCUUGCAGGCUUUCCGCGCCGCGACCCAGCCGCUACUGGCCGGGAUACCAUCUUUUGAAAACAACGACCACGCCCUGAUCCGGUACUUGCAGGCGAGAAAUUGGGACUUGAAAAAAGCGGAGGCGAUGCUGCAAAAUACGCUAAGCUGGUAUGGCAAAUACGGCUUACCCUCGGCGAGGGCCGACGUAAAACUGGUCGCCAUGCGCUCGGCCUGUUGGACCUUCUUAGGCCGGAACACCAACGGCGAGCCGAUUAUUCUGAUUCGCACCGGCUGCUGGAACCCGCAGGAUUACAACAUGGAAGAGUACGUGAAAUACCUGCACUUCUUCCUUCGCAACGCGAACGAGUGGGUGGAGAGGUCGUGUCAAGUCCGGACCGUGGCAAACUACCAGCAAGACCUCCUGUUCCCCCAGCACAUGGACUACGGGGACAUAAAUGUGCACUAUCCCUUCUGUCGCGGGUAAGUGGAGAGUUUGAGUCAGACUAAUCUUCGCUUUUUCUUUUUCAAUCUUCGCAAUUCUCACUUACUUACUUUGAAGCUCUUGCUCGAAUGUUGAACUUGAAGCUAGCUGACGUCGGGCUGUUGCCCAGUGUACGGGUCAAGCAAGCGGUCGUGCUGCCUGAAGAACAUGAACAUCACAUGUCUGUGGGCUUCAUCUUCAACUUGAAGUUAGAUCGAUGAAAACAAAACAGGAUGGUCGUGCUCUUUGAUAUGAAAGGAUGGGGCGUGUGGAUGACGAAGUACUUUGGCUACAUCCGACAACUAGUCCAAUCGGUGCAAGACCACUCCCCGCAAAUGCUUGCCAAGGCCUACCUGUGCAACGCACCACGAAUAUUUCAAGCGGCUUGGCGGGUAUUAUGUUUUUCUACCUAAGUGUCAGUACGCCCUGGACGUAUCUCUGUCUAGUCUUGAGCCCGCUUCCUCUGGCUUAUUUUUCAGUUGCUUCUACAGUAGCAGCCGUAUCAUGCCACGACUACGAGCAGCGGAGAAUGAAUCUUCUUUGAUACGUAAGUCAAUGAAAAAGAUGAAAACCCUCUAUCUAUCUCUCAGAUAAUCUCCCCGUGGGUAGACGCGAAAACCAGGCCAAAGGUUUGCUUCCUGAAAGUCGACGCUAAAGCCGCCACCGCCGCCUCCCAAGCCGCAGACGAUUUUCGCGCCAGUCUGGCCCAGCAAGUGCAGCAGCAGUGUAACCCAGGCAGCGGAGCCAAGUACCGGGUGUUCGGCAUUGAUUGCCAGACCAUGAAGCAGGCCCAGUAUGUUUUCGAAACGGUGAGGAACGAAAAGGCGAAGCUGCCCACCGCGAGAGAGUUGUUGUUUGACCUGGACCUGCAGACUCAGCUGCCGUCGUUGCUUGGUGGUGGAAGGGUGCACCUGCCGAUCCCGAAUCUCCCGAACGAGCCCGACGAGGCGGACAUGGACGCCAGUCUGGCGCCGAGGCUGCCACCCGAAGUGGACGCCGCGAACGGGUCCGAGGACGUCGUGGAUGAAAACGAAAUGACCUUCGAGAAUGAAAACAAUGCCGAUCCCGCCGUCGACUUUCCCGUACCAGACGACACCAAGUUUGUUGCCGCAGAGUGAUAGUUUUACUUAGCUCCGGCUGGGUUUCGACCACGCUACUACCCCUUGGAGGGGCUUGGGUAGUCUUAUCAUUAUCAAUUUAGAUUCUAACUCGACGUCCUUGAUGCGCUGGUGCAAUUUAUCAUUGCUGCACCUUCGACGACCCGCGUGUAACUAAAGCGCUUACGCUGUUGACAGAGCGCAGCUACCCACUCACCUUUGAUAUUUCCCCUUUGUACAAUAGCUCCACCGUAAUUUUCAUUUUUCGUUCGAACAUGUUUCUAUUAUGAUGAGACCGGUCAAAUAGAUAUCCCUUGGGCAAAGCUUUCUUCGAUAAACGUUUGAAGAUGGGAUCACGGCUUUUCAAAUUUUCGUCAUACGAAACGAAAACGGAAAGUCGGGCGCCCAGCUUCUGGAGAACAACAAGAGUUGGAACGCGAACACACUGAAAAAUUACAAACAUUUGCAUCAAAGCUCAACGACAAGACCUUGGAGUGCCCUGGUCCAUCACAAAGUUGUCUUCCGUUCCAUUGCUGAUAUGGUCUUUCUUACCGGUCGUGUGCGGUGUGCUUCAGUCGUUCGCCGGGAGUAAGG